AUGGUCGACUCAUUUUCCUCUACGGCUUUCCCGUUACCUGAAGGAAUGCAUGACACAGUCCAAUUCGAACUUGAUAAACUCGACGCAACGUCAGCUGAGCUUGAUAAAAAGAUCUCAGAGAUACAACAUUUGAUAAAAAGCGCCAAACUGGAUCAACUUGAAUCUGAGAUAAGGGUUGCACUUAAGUUACUGUUGAAGGGCGAUGGCAAAAGCACAAAUGUUUGA